GCUUUUCUUCUCCUACUUCCGCCUUCUGCUAACCCAAACCCUUGACGAAAAGCGUUUACUUUUUUCCUCUACACGCGAUCGCGGGUUAUACCCGCGAUUCCGCGUUCGCACGCAGCUUCCCUCGCUCGUUUUACGCCUCUACCUCUCUCGCUCACGAAACCUAGCCGAGUCCGCCGAAAGCCACGAACCUUCGCUCUCCUUCGCCGAAAGCCAUUCGAAGCCGUUUGUUGCUCUCCGUCGCUGAAAUCCAGGCUCCCCCCUCCUACACAUCCUCCGUCGCUCUCCUCCGGGCGCCCUCCGUCCGCCUCUGCCGAAAGCCAGGUUUCUGGUUUUGUUGAGAUGAACUGGAAAUUUCCAAUCAACUUUGGUCGUACUCAAGAGCAACAAGGACAGUCAAAUUUUCCAGAAAUACCAACCCAUUCUUGGUAUCCUCCAUCUGUGGGUGGUACAUCACAUCCUUCCACACCUGGUAGCUCAUCGAUUACAGGACAGCAAAGGCCGUUAGAUCGACCGCUGUCCCCAUCACGUGGUCAGCCCUCCCCUGCUGAGGCAGCAGGCAUAAUUGCUCGGUUGAAGGAUAAAAGCAUUGACGAGCUAAGAAAACUUUUAAAUGACAAGGAGACAUACAAUUCCUUUUUUAAUUCCCUCGAGCAAGUCAAAAUCCAAAAUAAUUUACGGGAUGAACUCCAGAAGGAAACAUUGCAAAUUGCAAGGGAGAACUUAGAGAAAGAACCUCGAAUUUUGGAACUUAAAAAUCAGUGUACCAUCAUUCGCACCACAGAGCUGGCUGCUGCACAGGAGAAACUAGCAGAUCUACAGAGGCAAAAGGAAGAAAUGCUCAGAGUCUAUUCUCCUUCGUCAUUAUUAAAGACGCUAAGCGAUGGAAUGGAUAAAAUUGAAAAGGAAUCGGAGUUAUUGCACAAGCAGCUUCUUGAGAAGGACAUUGAUCUUCCAACUUUUGUACAGAAAUAUAAGAAGCUUCGAACAACAUAUCACAGGCGUGCCUUACUCCAUCUUGCUGCAAAGACUUCUGGUUGAGUCCUCGUUGGUACUUGCGAAGUAUGUGCUUCGAUAUUUUAGUGUCUGCUACAUACCUAUUAAUUGUUCCGUUAUAUAUUUGUUUCACAGUGAUUAACUUUACUGUACAUUUAAUGCCAUACUAUAUGCCGUUAGCAGCUUAUGUAUCUCUAGAUGAUACUAAAUCUUCCUUGUGAAUUUUUUUUGAGAUCUUGGCAAAUAUACAUGUUUUGUACAUUCCAGUUUA